AUGGUCGCCUCUUGUUGGUCGUAUCCCGCACUCCCUGCCCGUGGCACGCCUCAGACACGGUCCUCGCCGCAGGCACGGUCCUCGCCCCAGGCACGGUCGUCGCCUCAGGCAUGGUACUCGCCCCAGGCACGGUCGACGCCGCAGGCACAGUCCUCGUCCCAGUCACGGUCCUCGCCCCAGGCACGGUCCUCGCCCCAGGCACGGUCGUCGCCUCAGUCACAGUCCUCGCCCCAGGUAUGGUCCUCGCCCCAGGCACGGUCCUCGCCCCAGGUACGGUCGUCGCCCCAGGCACGGUCGUCGCCCCAGGUACGGUCCUCGCCCCAGGCACGGUCCUCGCCCCAGGUACGGUCCUCGCCCCAGGUACGGUCCUCGCCCCAGGCACGGUCGUCGCCUCAGUCACAGUCCUCGCCCCAGGUACGGUCCUCGCCCCAGGCACGGUCCUCGCCCCAGGUACGGUCGUCGCCCCAGGCACGGUCGUCGCCCCAGGUACGCAGCACCACGAACACAAUGCCAGGUACGCAGUGCCGCGUACACAAUGCCAGGUACGCCGUGCCGAGAGAGCGAGGAGGCGGGCUGGGAGAGGGGGAGGGUGUUCGUGCUAGGGAAACACAAGGUAACAUUACUGAAGACAAUAACGUACAAGCGUCAUCAUUUUAG